AAGAGCUGCAUGAAGCAGCGCCUAAUUUGUCCGCAGACCCCACCAAUGCACAAAUCAGCGAAUACUGCAGCAGCAGCAACACCAACAGAAUCAAAAAUACAAAUACAAAUAACAAUAACAACACGGUUAGUAGCCAACAUAAUAGCAAUACCAAUACCAACACCAACACCAACACCAAUGCCAACAAUAAUAGCAAGAAAACGCAAAAGUGUGCUAAAAGAGAUAUUACAAAUGGGAACGAAUCAGAAUUAGAAAAAACUAUUAAGCAGUCACAGUCACCCACCUCGCCGGAGUUACAGCAGCAACAGCCACAGUCGCAGUCGCAGCCACAGUUACUGGGCCAACAGCAACAACUUGACACGAUGGAUGCGCUGCAGGUGGAAGAGGUUAUAUACGCACAGAGCCAGGCUGAAAGCAUCUAUCCGUCACAACAGGAAGAGACAAAACUCCAACAACAUCAGCAGCAGCAGCAUCGCAUAAAUGCACAGCCGUUUGGCUCAUGCAUCUCCAGCAAAGUUCAGCACAUUGGGACGGAGAAGCUAGAGCAAAAGGCUAGCUUAAGCACAUAUGAACACUUUCUGAGGCUGUCCGCAAUGGAAUAUGGAGGAGUUACUGAAAGUACAUCCGCGGCUCUUAACCUCAGCGGCAUUGGGUGCAAGGAUCUCGUGUCUGGGUCCAAACCAUAUCUGGAAGAAACACAAGAGUUGUCCAUGCACCAGCAGGUAAAUGUAGGUGCAGACGUAGGAGUGGUGGGCGCUGCUGAUGCCAAAGUUGCCAGCAAUCGAGAUGAGCCGUAAGCCAUAGUGUUGUCCAUAGUGUUGUUUUUGUUGUUGUGUUUAAUUAGCAGGCUCUAAUUCGUGAUCGGCUUACAUAAAAACCUGCACAGGCGUAAAUACCUGCGUCCAGUACAUUCAUGCCCAACCUUUUCUACCCUUUUCCUGGGCAGGCGACCAUGACUGAACUGAUUUCCCAAAUCGAAAACAGAUUUAUAUCAUUGUACAACUUGUUCUAGUACAUUUUUGUAACCCUGGAAGGUUAUCCUUGAUUGGAUGCAUGUACGUUUGAUUUAUGUACAUGCAGAAAGAAAAGAAAUGCAAUUAAAAGAUGGUCCAACUUUAAUGAUUUUCGUAAUCGCAUGAACAAUACACGAUGUACAUGGUAUCUUCUGAGAACCAGUUUGGGAAUCUUUCGAAAUUCCCAACAUCUUAAAGCAAAGUAAAGUAAACACGUUGUGUCAUUGAAAUACAAGAAGAAGAAACAAAGAAACGUUUUUAAAUUAACAAUAAAGAAUUACUGCGAAAGUAUUGAAGUGUGACUCAAAUUUCAAGCUUCACUGAUUCAACAUUUUUUUUUUUAUUUAAAGCAAAGGUGUCUCGCAUUUUUGUAUUUGGGAUGGUUGGUAAUAUCUAACACCCAUAUUACGUGUUCUGUGUCGGCAGUCUGAUGUAAUUAAAUCAAUUUUUAACAUACAUUUACAUCAAAAAUACAUUUAAAUGAUCUCAAAGUUACUUAAAACAUAUUCUUGUUGUGUAAUUUGUUUUUUUUUUUUACGAAACCCCAAGAAAAACGUAAGCAAAAGAAAACGUUUAGCAGUUGUCAAGCGCUGAUUUUGAACUAAAAAAACUAUAGAGAAAUAUGUACAUCGACUCUAAUGCGUGUACAAAAUGCGUGAUGCAUACAAAAAAUAUAUGUACAAAUGUACGUACAUAUUUCUUUAUAUAUCCCUAAGUACUAUCGUACAUAUUUAUUUUUUUUUUUUUUUUUUUCAAAUUAUAUUUGUUGAAAUUUGUAAACAUAAUUAUAUUGUUUAAGCUUUUUAAUUGUAUUCAAAGUAUGAAGCAAAGUUUGAUUAGCAUCGUGUCAGAAGGAUGCAGAAGUAUUUCAAUAAUCUAAUUGGUUACUCACUCGCACAUACAUACGAUGUAUACCGCAGGCUGGUUAACUCGUGAAUUGGGUUGGAUGGGGACUGCACAAGAAAUCUUUGCGUGCAAAGCCAAAACCACUUGCAAUAGAGAGGGACAGAAUAUUGCAUGAGCGACUGUUUUGUUUCUUUUCAUACGUAGUGUCAACGUAUAACAUACAUACAUACUUAUGUACACAUGCAUAUAUGUACAUAUGUAUGUAAAUAUGUAAACACAUGUAAAGAAGAUCAUUAAGCAUGAAUCGAAUGAACCACCGUUUUUUAAAUGAUUAUGGAUUUAUAAUGAUAAUUAAACCAGAUAAAAAACCAGAAAAAUCGAGUACGUUUUAUUCGAAAACGCGCUCCCUGAAUCCCCUGAAGGCUAAGCUCGAACUUUAGUGCAUGCAUUACAAAAUGGCUUACUUAAAAAGAGAACAAUGUGUUCCAGGGAUUCCUCACCAGUUCUCUAACUCGAUCAUGGAAUAGAAGCAAAAAUCAUUAAAAACACUUAUUGUAAUUGUAAAAUAUUGUAAUUCUGGUUUACUCGUAAUCGUACAUAUAAAAUACAACAAAAAAAUUAUAUAUAAAUAUACAUAUGUAAUGUAAAGUACUUCUUUAUUGUACAAAUAAAAAAAAGCGCAUUUUUUUUGUUUGUCUGUAAGUAAAGUAAGUUGCACAUGCAGUUGAAAGCAUGAAACAAAGGUCCGUAAUAAUUGUGAGGGCGAGGGUUGUACAUGUACAUUUUUCGAGAGCUUAGCUAAGCAGUAACAAUAAUAAUAAUGAUAAUAAAAAAACGUAAAAAUAACAUAAAUAACCAAUGAGAAACUCACUGUUGCAAAAAACAAAAAAAAAAUAACAAUUAAAUAAUUUAAAAACCGUGUACCGAGUAAAAAACACAUGCUUACACCAUGAGUAUAGAUAUUGUAAUACUAUAAAACUGAUUAAGACCAGAGAUAAAAAGAAACCUUAUAUUAAUUGAAUAAAAUAGUGCCUAACAUAAGAAAAGUAUUACACAAUCCAUCGGUAAAAGGCCAAUUUGAAUUAAAUGGGCACAGCAGGAGGGCCAAAGCCUUGUUCUAUGAGAAAGUUUCUCAGCAAAGCAAACUUUUCCGCCUUUUCUUCAAUUAAUGUACUUUCAUUGCAAGAUCCAGUAAAUACAGUAGAAUCACAUAAAUUAGAACAGCUUUGAUCCUCAGGUUUUUCUAAAUUCUUAAAAUUCAAAUAUCUUUCAAAUUUAAAAUCCAUUUUUUUUUCAACAUGUAUUUUGUAAAGUAAUUUUUGUUGGUCAUUUGUUUUAUUUUAACUCAGUGUCAUACAUUGAAAUGAGCAUAAUAUCUGGAUAGUUCGAAUUUGUUACAGUUCCAAUUUUCGAGACUCUACUGUAUGUAUUUAUGCACCUAUUAACAGUUCACACAUUGUGAAUUGAUUUCUUUGAUUCCGUAUGCUUACAAAUCUCAUUUUUCUUAAGAAUCUGAUUAUGCUAUUUAGAUAAUAUCAAGAUAACGCAUACAAAGAAAUACCCAUGCAGUAUAAACAACAAUUACUAAGAACUUAGUUUUAUAUUCAUUUCGGAAAGCCCUUUCUAUCUAAAGCUGCUGAGAAUGUUGUACAGCUCUAAGUAAAGCAAUCAGUAUGACAUCUUCGGAUGUAAAUAUACAUAUACAUAUACAUACGUAUCUACAUAUGUAUGUAUAUACUUACAUUCAUACAUACAUAUGUAUGUAUUUAUAUUAUCAUGUAUAUUAGUAUCGGUUCAGCCUUGCAGUCGGAAUUACAAAUUGGUUUUUUUUAGCAGUGUCUCACAAAUUUGUUUUUUUAGAAUUUAGCAAUUUAAUGAGUUGCUCAAAAUGUCCACCCUCUGAAGAUUUUUUAACACCACGUUCACCUUAACCAAUUAAGGUUUAACCAAAUUUUUGCAUUCAAAUAUUUCGAAAUCGUUUGAAAGUAAAACUUUUCCGGUGAUUAAUUCGUUUUAAUUCAGAACGCAAUGUGAACAUUUACACGAAUAAAUGCCUAUGUACAUGUAAAUGCUCUACGUACAUAUGUACGUAUGUAUGUAUCAUACCGUUAAUGAAGGUUCCUUAAUGUUUGAGUUGCGUUUCUUUCACUGGUGCUCAAUACGUUAAAGCAGACUUGGAAAAGAGAAUAAAGGGCCUAAUUGCAUAAAGUGGGGAGUUUGCUGAGAAAUUUCGUAUCGUGUAGAAUAGAUGAAAAAUUGGGAAAAAAUUCAAAUCAUGAAAAUUGCAACAAAAUAUAGUUUCAUAAAUUAUUUAUUAGUACGUUUAUAACUAGAUUUAGCAAUAAAUAAAACAAAGGAUAGACAGUGAAAAUAUUAAAAAAAUCAAAUUUAAAUUAUAAUGGUAUAAUUGAUUGUACGUGUAGAUAUAUUUUUUUUACUUGUCAUUAAACAAAAUGCAAGCAUCAAACAAAAAAUAUAAUAAAAAAAAGAAUCAUGUGAAAUUUACGUAAG